CCUUCCACUUCACUUGAGGCCCCUAGCAGCUGUUAAAAAUUCUCUCUUGUGCUGUUUCUCACUUAAUAACUUUGAGAAGCUGUACUUGUCAUUGUUUUACGUUGACAAAAUUCUUGAUUUCUUUUUAUUUCUCACAGAACAGUGACACCACCACCCUUCGUUUCAUUUUCAUGGAGAUCAUUCGUGGUUUUUUCGCCAUUUGCAUUGGGGUGUCCCUUCUGCUUUACAAUUCAAGCAAUGUAGAAGGAAGGUACCAUUACCAUAAGCCAAAGAACAAGGGAUCCAAAAAUAUAGGGUCCCCCGUUUCUCCACCCCCUGAUGAUACCCCGGAUCCUCAAAACCCCAUUGCCCCUUCAUCCCCUUCUAAUCCUCCUUCAAUCCCUGCAGACCCUUAUCCGAACGAUCCUGGAAAUACCAGUUCAAGCUGCAUUUUCAAUGUAAUGGAUUACGGGGCAAUUGGUGAUGGUUCCACUGACGACACCGAUGCAUUCAGGCAGGCUUGGAAAGAAGCUUGUGGAGUGGAAUCUGGUGUUAUUCUGGCUCCUUCAGGUCAUUCUUUCAUGAUUACCUCAACAAUUUUCACAGGUCCAUGCAAGCCAGGACUUGUGUUUCAGGUGGAUGGGUACCUGAUGCCGCCGGAUGGACCGGAUUGCUGGCCAGAAAAAGAUAGCACAAAGCAAUGGCUUGUGUUUUAUCGACUUGACGGUAUGACUCUCACUGGAAAAGGAACCAUUGAAGGAAAUGGAGAGAAAUGGUGGGAUCUACCCUGCAAACCUCACAGGGGCCCAAAUGGAUCGACAUCAAAAGGACCGUGUGAUAGCCCUGCUUUAAUUCGCUUCUUCAUGAGCUCCAAUUUGACAGUCAGUGGCUUAAGAAUACAGAACAGUCCCCAAUUCCAUAUGAAAUUUGAUGGCUGUGAAGGAGUUUUGAUAGAAAAACUGUCCAUAUCUUCCCCUAAACUUAGCCCCAAUACUGAUGGGAUUCACAUAGAGAACACUAAGGCUGUUGGCAUAUACGACUCUUCCAUUAGCAACGGUGACGAUUGCAUAUCGAUCGGGACAGGAUGCUCGAAUGUUGAUAUAGAUGGUCUCACCUGUGGUCCCAGUCACGGGAUUAGCAUUGGAAGCCUGGGAGUGCACAAUUCCCAGGCAUGUGUAAGAAACAUAACCGUCCGAAAUUCAGUAAUAAAAGAAUCAGACAAUGGACUGAGGAUCAAGACAUGGCAAGGCGGCACGGGUUGCGUAUACGACAUAAACUUUGAAAACAUCCAAAUGGAGAAUGUUAGGAACUGCAUGAACAUAGACCAAUACUACUGCCUAUCGAAGGCUUGUCUAAAUGAGACCUCAGCUGUUUAUGUCACAGGCGUUACAUACAGGAACAUUAAGGGCACAUAUGAUGUUAGAACCCCACCAAUACACUUUGCUUGUAGUGACACAGUAGCCUGCACAGAUAUAAUUCUGUCAGAUGUUGAGCUUCUCCCUGAAGAAGGUGAAUUGAUGGAUGAUCCCUUUUGUUGGAAUGCCUAUGGAACUCAAGAAACAGUGACUAUUCCUCCUAUAAAUUGUUUAAGAGAAGGACAGCCUGAGAGUCAAGGGGAGGUCUCCUCUGUUGGUUGCUGAGAUAUAAUUGCAAUCAUACUAGUAGUUUUGGUUAUUGCCAAUACUAUUGUACCAUAUAGGACAGGCGUUACAUACAGGAACAUUAAGGGCACAUAUGAUGUUGUAGAACACGGGCUGUUUUUUCUUACCUUCGACUGUGUAAUUGAUUGUUUUUUAUUUCCUUUCGUAGUGCCAUAGAUUAGAGUGGAUUUUACCAUCAUUAUUAUUAUAUAAAAGAUUGAGUUUUUAUUUUUA